AUGAAGCCGCUUUUGCUCCCAUUGGGCCUCCUCCUUUUCGCCACCCUCUCCUUCACCCCGGUCCUAGUCCCGGCGCGAGUCCGAGUCCACGCCCUCCCCAUCCAAGAAUCCCCGGUCCUCCGUGCCAUCGACGCCUCGCUCCUCGAAACCCUGGCCCAGACCUACACAGCCUACCUAGACAAGAAACAAGAGGGCACCACGCACCUCCUCUCCACGAUCGACGACUUCAUCGCAUCCACAAAACUGGCCCUGACCACAGACUUCGAGCUGACGCGCGACACGCUCGUCGAGGCCCUCGACCUGCUGCGCGCAAGCAACGCGGCUCAAGCCGAGAACAACGAAGUCGGCAAACGCUCCACCGACGUCCAGCAGCGCAGUCUGGCGAUCCAGGAGCGCACGCUGCAGCUCGCGGAGAAGUCGAACCGCGAUGCCGUCGAACAGAUCAUCACGGCGUAG